UGCAACACAAACGAAGAAGAAGAGGAGCCGGACGUGACGACACAGAGGCUUAUUGACAAAAAAAAAAAAAAAAAAAAAAAAAAAAAAACAGCUAGCCUUUGCUAGGUGGCAUGAGAGUUCACUGACGUUUUACUGAAGCUCUCGUUCACCAUGAGUUCUCCGGAGGACAGGCACGGGAGGAAGCGACCUGCGUCUCCGAGUGAAGAUGGGUCUACUCAGUGGGCAUCAGCUGAUCUGGGAAGCAACGAAAGGAAGCAGAAGUUUUUACGUUUGAUGGGCGCUGGCAAAAAAGAACCCACUGGACGCCUCGUCAUUGGUGACCACAAGUCGACAUCCCACGUCCGUACUGGUCAGGAAGAUAAGAAGAUCAACGAGCAGCUAGAGAUGCAGUACCAGCAGGGCAUGGAUGGGAAGCUAUCAGGACGGAACCGGAGACACUGUGGCCUGGGUUUCAGCGAGCCUGACCCACAACCAGACUCAUUUCCCUCCCCACCAUUGGAAAGUCGAACAGAAGCAACUGAGCCAAAGAUGACCACCAGUGAAAAAGUACCCACGGUUGCCCAAGACAAGGACUGUGAUCCUAACCCAAAGGAACAGACCUCAGACCAGGCCAAGCCCAGCUCAGACCAGGCCAGACCGAGCUCAGACAGUGGGAAUGACAAACGGAAACAAGGCUACAAAAUGGCCUUUGUGAAGUCGCUGUAGGUGUGUGUGGAGGAAUCAGUUUUUGUAAUCUCAAAUUUGUACAUUUUGAUGUUAUUUGUUUGACUGUAGGCGAUCACAGAUCAUUUCAGUCCUUUUUACGUCAUUAAAAUGAAUUCUCCACCUAAGCACUCAUCAUUGAGCGACGUCCCAUGUGCAUUGUGCAUGUUGUCAAAGAAUUAAGACUGCAGGCUGAAACGUCAACUUUUGGUUGAGUGUUCUCUCACAUUAAGCUGGCAAACAGUUCUGUUUUUAUUUAGUUUGAACGUUUUUUUAACAGUCACUGUAUUUGCCUUUAAUUGUGUUAGGAUUGCUUGUAAUUGAGCAUGAUGGUGUACACAUUGUACAUUUUGUGAUUUCUGUUUGUUUUUGUUUGAAAACCAAUAAAGGAAGUUUCAGUUGUCAUACUUUGUUCUUAACGAGAACGAGUUGUCCUGAGGCAAUAGAUGGUUUCCACUGUAGGACUUUU